AUGAUGGUUGAAGUUCUUCACAUACCGGGUCUCGAUCGGCGUCUGUUGUCAGUGGGAAAGCUCGCGGAUCGUGGACUGAACGUGGAGUUUCAGCGAUCCUCAUGUGUUAUAUGGGGCACGGCUAGCGCAAUUGCAAAGGGUAAGAAGGUGGGCAAGGCGUACAUAUUGGACUGUGAACAAGAAGAAGCUCGAUUCGUUCAGUACGCCGAGGCUGGCAGCAAGUGA